ACCCGGAUCCGGAUCUUCGAUCUGCGGCGAAACCCGGAGCGCGGGCGCCAGAUCGGGAUCCGGAGCGCGGGGUGCACGCGGAUCAGGAUCGGGAACGCGCGGCGCCGGCGGGCGGGCGCCAGUGUCAGUGCACCCCGUUCCCUCAUCUACCCCUCCCGGAGCCAGGACUGAACCACCCCCCCCUCCAACUACCACCACCCCUAGGGACCGGGCCGGCCUCGGACCUCUGCGCUGCUCCCGGCUGCAGCAUGCUGCACUCGGCCUGGGCCUUCGUCAAGCGGCACCGCAGGAAAUUCCUGUUCACUGGAGCCCUGAUCGGAGGUGCAUACCUGUUGGGGAAAUAUGCACAAAAGAAGCUCCGAGACCUUCAAGAGCGAGAAGCGGCAGAGUACAUUGCACAAGCACGGCGACAGUACCACUUUGAGAGUAACCAGCGAACCUGCAACAUGACAGUGCUCUCGAUGCUGCCCACUUUGAGAGAAGCAAUCAUGCAGCAGCUUAACUCAGAGAGUCUCACGUGUCUACUAAAAAGCAGACCUGCUAACAAGUUGGAGAUUUGGGAGGAUCUCAGAAUAAUAAGUUUCAGCCGGACCAUCGUAGCCGUGUAUAGUACUUGCAUGCUGGUUGUCCUCUUAAGGGUCCAGCUAAAUAUAAUUGGAGGAUACAUCUACCUGGACAACGCAACGGUUGGUAAGAACGGCAUGACGCCGUUAGCCCCUCCUGAGGUUCAGCAGCAGUACCUGUCCAGUAUACAGCACCUUCUUGGUGACGGUUUGAAUGAACUGAUAACGGUGGUGAAAAAAGCCGUACAGAACGUCAUUGGAAGUUUGUCACUGAAGCAAAGCGUGUCGAUCCAGGAACUGGAAAGAUACCUGGGUGAAAUCCGGCAGCAGGUGGAACAGCCCAGUAACCCCGGCCAUUCAGAGGUGACCAAGUCGGCGCUCUGUUGGUAUCUCAUCCCUGACGAGGAAGCUGCCUUAUCCUCUCAGGCUUGUGGCUUGACCAGUAAAGAUUUAACUACUCUCAGACUUAUUAAUGAAACAAGGGAUAUGUUGGAAAGUGCAGACUUCAAAACCGUUCUAAAUUCCUGCUUGAAUCGAGGCUUUAGCCGACUGCUGGACAACAUGGCAGAAUUCUUCAAGCCCACAGAAGAGGCAGCCACUCAGAAUGGAAAGAUCAACAGCUUAUCAAAUGCAAAACUUCCCCUUGCCAAGAUCAUCCCUAUUAUUAAUGGGCAGAUCCAUUCGACUUGCAGCGAGACUCCCAGCCAUUUUGUUCAGGAUCUUCUGCUGAUGGACCAAGUCAAGGACUUUGCCGCCAACAUCUACGAAGCAUUCAGCUCCCCCGUUCAGCUGGAGAAGUAACUCCCAGUGAGCGAGUGAGGGGCCCAGCCUCAUUUCUUGCCCAUCAUGACGGAAAAUGUUUGUCAUUCUCAGAGGUACCGUGCCUCAACUAAACACAUUGUCCCUAAUGGCUGUUUGCCAUUAGCUUCUACAGAAUCUUUCUGGAAACAAUCACAUUAAUUUGCCUGUAAAUAUUUUGUACCGGCCUGUUAUUUGUACUUGUGUACUGUACAUUAUAAGCUGUAAUAGACUGGGCCUGGGGUUGUGUGGGUAUGUAUUUUUACUGGUGUGUGUGUGUGUGUGUGUAUGUGCGUGUGAGCAAGUAUGUGUGUUCCAGCCGAGACUGGGAUUUCCUAAAUGUGUGGCAGUUCUUUCUUUGCUCUUCUCACUUUGGUUUCCUUGCUAUAAUAAUUUAAAAAACCUGUUACAAAUGUACAGUAUUAAAAUAACAGAGCACAAAGUAAA